CUGAGGCGGGGACGCCGAGGAGGCCGAGGAGGCCGAGGAGGCGGAGCCGGCCGGGGCUGUCUGAGUGACGGUGGCGGCCAGCCCGGCUCGGCUCGGCUUGGCUCGGAGGGGAGGCAGCAGCGCCAUGGCCCCGCUGGGGGCGGACCGAGAGGGCUACUGGGGCCCCACCACGUCCACCCUGGACUGGUGCGAGGAGAACUACGCCGUCUCCUUCUACGUGGCCGAGUUCUGGAACACACUGAGUAACCUGAUUAUGAUACUACCUCCAAUCUGCGGUGCCAUUCAGACAGUCAGGGAUGGACUGGAAAAGCGAUACACAGCUUCCUAUUUGGCUAUUACAGUGGUAGGAUUGGGAUCGUGGUGCUUCCACAUGACUCUGCAGUAUGAAAUGCAGUUAUUGGAUGAACUACCCAUGAUCUACAGCUGUUGUAUAUUUGUCUACUGCAUGUUUGAAAGUUUCAAGGCCAAGAACACAGUGAAUUACCACCUGAUUUUUAUAUUAGUGCUAUUCAGCUUAAUAGUAACCACAGUUUACUUAAAAGUUAAAGAACCGAUAUUCCACCAGGUCAUGUAUGGACUAUUGGUUUUCACUCUAGUACUGCGGUCUAUUUAUAUUGUUACAUGGGUAUAUCCAUGGCUUAGAGGACUGGGUUACACAUCCUUAGGCAUAUUUUUAAUGGGAUUUUUCCUUUGGAAUGUAGACAACAUCUUUUGUGAAUCCCUGAGGAACUUUCGAACAAAGGUGCCACCUUUUGUGGGUGUUUUUACACAGUUACAUGCUUGGUGGCACAUUCUUACUGGCCUUGGCUCCUAUCUACACAUCCUUUUCAGCUUGUACACAAGGACACUUUACCUGCGGUACAGACCAAAGGUGAAGUUUCUCUUCGGGAUAUGGCCCAUGAUCCUGGUCGAGCCGCCCAAGAAGCACUUAUGAGAAGAGGUCCCACAAAGAAAGCACAACCACCUGCUGCUGGCCUCAUUGCCUUGGGAAGAUCAUCCCAAGACUCAAGCUUCCAUAUUAAAUAAUGUGCCAGCCCUUGUGUUGAAAGGAUGAGUCUCUGACUAACACUACCAGGCCAGAAACAGAGGGAGAAGUGGGUGUGCUGGGCACUGAGUGUGUGUUUUACUCCCUUAUAGUGUCUAAAAGGACAAGAUAGGAUGUUUCAUGUAUAUAUGGAAAUGUUGCAGAAAUUGGGCUUCUUUAAUGAGCUAGUCACUGGUUGCUUUCCAGUGGCCACUGGACAGUGACCUUUUUCCCCUUUGAUGUGGGCUGAAUCUGAAAUGUAACUUUUCUGUAUGAUUUUAAAUGAAUAUGCAAUUGAAUAAUGGAAAUUGUUGGCUGGGGUGGAGCCAGACUAAGUACUAGUUGAAGGAAACUUAGAAGGUUAUUGCCAAGGUGAAGGGGUCCAGCCAAAGGAUUGUAUUCAGCUGCACCUCUUAAACUAGUAGGUGGUAUGUGUUGUCUCAGCUCCCAUAGGGAGCCGCUCAUUCUAGCUCAGUCCUGCCACUACAGUCUCUGACAUAUGUCACUUCACCCUUUGUAGCUCAUUGUACAGGCACUUUCCACAUAUCAUUGACCCAUGCCAGGUCACAGAUUCACCGAAGCACUAGUUACAUCACAACCAGAACCCACCAGAACAUUGGACACACCCAUUAUCAUGUCAUUUGGGCCAAUGGCCCAAGUCACAAAUCAGUCAUCUGAUAUUCCUCUAGCUAGUACUUAACCCCAGCAGUGUUAGCUACCUCCCCUUCACCCCUGGGAAUGUAGUUUUACCUUACGCUCCCUUUUCAAAGAACCAGUUCUUGGUACUAGGCAAGACAUUUCUCUGUACCCUCUGAGGAGGCUGUGCCAAACAAAGCCCAGUAAAUCAGGGUUCGAGCUGGAUAUUUGGGGUGUGACUUCUUCCUUAAGCUAAUUAAAGGUCGUAUUUCUAACAAGUGUCCACACUGUUGCCUCCAGCUCCUUCAAAUCUUGGUAGAUCCCUGCUUGUGGUCUGGUCAAACAUAGAGCAAACCUGCCUCUGCUCCAUCCAGCAUUAUUCCUAUGCUCACAUUCUUUUCAGCUCCAGAAAAUAUCAGUGAAUGACAUACACUGACUUUUCAAAGUGUUUGGUAAUUUUAACUUCUCUGAGAGACACGAGACCCACCACGAAGUUUGCACAGGCUGAAAUCUCACAUCAGGAGCUUAUUUUGUGUGUCUGUUCUCUUUGCAUCUGAGAGAAGUAGACCAAGAGCUUGAGAACAGCCUCAGGCAGCUCCAAAUUCACCAGAAACUGAUGUGUGGGGCACAGCUGGACUCUAGCAUCAGGCAGCUCAUCCUUAGGUGGAUUUGAAUAUGGCUUCCAAAGUCAGCAGAAGGCUCACCUGCCGUGGCACCUGUGCCUCAAAGGGUGGCAGCAAAUGAAUGUUAACAUCCUCGCUUCCCACAUGGCAUUUCCUUUGCUGAUACUCCCAGAGAGAAUCUGCUCACAUUCCUCUUAUGCAAUCUAGUUGUUAAAGACCCUGACCCUUUUUGCAGUAUUAAAUAAGUGACCUUAACACAAAUUGAAAAUAAACCUGUUUCGGGUUUUGAGGAAUUUAUUUUAAAAGUUUUAUGGAUGACUUUUUGUUGCUUUUUAAAGUUUUAUUUUCCCAUUUUCACUCAUCCCAACAAACCUUGUUCUCUGCCCUUCAGCACUUCAAUACUGCCUUCCUUCUCUCGGUCCAGUUCAGUGCCAUCAGCCAUGUGGAACCCAUACCCAUGUCCAGAUUUUGUUCACUUUCCUUCCAGGGGACCAAACCUUAUCAAAACCUGAAUAUGGGGGAAGCACUGGCUCUGGUCCUCUGUGCCUUAGAAGCCUGGGACAUUGAAGAAUUCCACACACCACAAGUCACUUUCUCUGCUUCCUGCCUUAGGAAUUCUGAAAAUUACCUCUUCCAUCCCAUCUUUAACUAAGCAAAUUAUGGAUCUGUUCUUCAAAAGAUCUUUGGACUUAGAGUCAGAAGACCUGGAUCUGCCAGUUACUAGCCACGUCCCCUAAGUCAGAUCAUGUCUCCUCUCAGAGCCUCAGUGUUCAUAUCUGUUUGAUGGGAAUGAUUAUUACACUCCUUACCUUGCAGGGUUGUUGGGAGGAGAACAUUUUAUAAAGCACCAUGUAAAUGUGAGCUGCUUAUAUCAUUUCUCCACUCUGCACUCUCUUUUAUCCAUAACAAUUGGCAGGAAUUUCUGUGGGCAAAGGAACAGAGUAAGAUUCUUCCUAAGCUUGCCAGUGACACGGCCUCCAAGGAUUUGAAUGUGGUAACUCGCCUCUCUGUAGCACUUAACAGUCUACAAGGUGCCAUCGUCCAGGCCUGAAAUGGGCAGUUAAAACCUUGACCUCUCACCGUCUGUUGAAAUUGUUCUCUUCCUUCAAGGUGCGGCUCAGAUGCCAACUCCUCCCUGUAGCUUUCCCCAAAUCCUUCAGCCUAAAGUUAUCUCAUCCUUUUUAGAUUUUCACAGAGCCCUCUGGCUGAGUGUUUCCUUUGCCACCAUCAUACACUACCUCGUAUCAUGUUCAUACUAUAUCUAUUUAGCUAUAAGCAGGAGCUAUGUUGUCAUUGUCAUCUGUAUCCCCAGUGCCUAGCCCAGUGCUUGACAUGUUGUGCAGGCAUGGACUAACAUGGUUGAAUUCACAAGUAAGACAAGCAAUGCAAAUGUCAUUUUCCCUGUUUUACAGACAAAGAAACUGAGGCUUAUAGUGAUUAUGCUCCAUAUUACCCACUAUCUGAAGUGGUUCAGAUGCCAGCACUCUCUUAGUUAAGGUUUGAUGCAAGAUUGAAAUGAGGGCACUCAGAAGUCAUUGAACAAUUAACACUAGAAAUACUGGAAUUUAAAAAUAUUUCAAAGGACCAACCUGCUUCAAUUGAUGCAAGGCACUUUUUUUUAAUCAGUCAGGAAAAGCAAAUAGAGAUAGGAUGAAAAUUUUAUUUCAAAGUAAAAUUAUAAUAAAAAUUUUGCAUCAGCUGAUAUGCCUGGUCCUCCUAGUGUUAACAAAAGGUGAACUUUGCCCUAACAGCAGGGACAUACAACAAGGGUACAGCGGCACUUGCCCCUCGUCUCCAUAUGGAAAUGCAUCUCUUCAGCAGGGCAGAAUACGGGGAAGGACAUGAUGACUCUUGGCCUUCAGAAAGGGGCCUAACCCUAACCAAUGGUGAGAAGGGGGUGAGUGGAGCAGAGAAGGCAAGAAGCUGUGUCAGAGAAGUGGUCGUAAUUCGAAGCCCAUUCACUCCCACCUCGUUCUAAGAAAGAACCAGCCUCCAGGCCCAGGCCUUCUGACUGUUCUUCUCAGUAGGAGUUGUUUAUAGGUAGCAUACGUGAUGCCGGAAGUGGAUAGAAUAUGUUUAUUGCCUCUUUGGUCACACAGAGUGGCACUGUGUUGUCCUUAGGGUUGUUUCUGGUCUCUCUGUGUCUCUGUCUCUCUGUCCUCUCUCUCCUCGGUUUCAGAGGACUGUGCAUGUUAAAGGACCUCAGAAUUAUUGGGAAGAAAGGAAGAAUUAAAGUCUGGCUGUAGGAA